CAAAUUCACAUUGUACAUUUAGAGUUCUUGAACAUGAGAGUAAUAUACAAAAAAAAUAUUGUUCAAUAUUUGGCAUCGUUUUCAGGUGCCAUUGGUUUAAUUAGUUAUGGUAUAGUCGCAGGAUGGACGUCACCGUUUCUGUCAGCUUUAACAUCCGAAUCGUCAACAAUACCAAUCACUAAUGAAGAGGUAUCAUGGCUUGCUGUAAUAACUUCAGUAGGUUCUCCAUUUGGUGCAAUUAUUGGAAGUUAUGUAGCAGAUACUUUCGGUCGAAAACGGUCUCUGCUCAUGGGAGCUCCAAUAGUGUUUUUUGGAAACAUUUGGCUGGCUUUUGCUAAUAAAUUAUGGAUGUUAUUUUUCAUAAGAAUUAUGAUAGGAAUGGUUGAUGGAUAUAGCUUUACAGUUCUACCGGUAUAUAUAGGAGAAAUAUCUUCUCCAGAGAUUAGAGGAUUUUUGUCAACACUUCCUACUUUAUUGUUUCUAUCAGGAAUUUUAAUAAUUAACGUUAUUGGUUCCGUGUGGAGUAUCUUUACUUGUGCUCUAAUAGCAUCCGUUAUUCCUCUAAUACAUUUCGUUACUUUUAUAUUUGUGCCUGAAUCUCCUUAUUGGUAUAUUAAGGUCAAUCGAUAUGAAGAUGCGGAAAAAUCUUUGCAGAUUUUACAAGGAGAAAAUGAUGUUAAGCAACAAUUAUACAUUAUUCAAGAAGCUGUACGAGAAGAAGAGAAAAAAAGUAAACCAAAAGUUACUGAUCUAUUUACAGUACCAAGUAAUAGACGAGCAACUAUCAUUACAUGUAUUUUAGCUUUACAACACAAAGCUACUGCUAAAACUCCUUUAUUUUUGUUCACUAAAACAAUAUUCGAAAAAACUGGAAGUGACAUUAGCCCCACAGUUUCUACAAUCUCAUACUCAGCAGUAGAAAUUUUGGUAGUUGCUUUUACUGGAUUUUUCAUUUUGGACAGAUUCGGCAAGAGAAUUUUUUGUAUAAUUUCUUUAAUUGGUUGUAUUAUAUGCUUAUUUACCAUCGGUGUUUAUUUUCAGUUGGAUAUAUUGGAAAGUAAACUAAUUCCGUAUUUGAAUUGGUUACCCCUUACUGCUUUAAUCUUAUUUAACAUCUUUCAUAACAUAGGUAUAUCCUUUGCACCAUUUUGUUACGCUUGUGAGUUAUUCCCAACAGGGGUUAGGGCUAAUGCUCUUACAAUGACUGAAUUGUGUAUGUCUGUAUUUGCUGUAAUAUCAGCGAAAGUAUUUCAUUGGCUGGAAAAUUAUUAUGGUUCGUAUGCUAUACCAUUUUUUACAUUUUCAGGUGUCAGUUUUAUUAUUUUUAUAUUUGUAGUUAAACUUAUUCCUGAAACUAAGGGAAAAUCAUUAGAAGAGAUACAGGAAUUCUUAAAAACAAAAACGAAAUAAAUUAUUAUAUAAUUUAAUAGUCCGUCGUAUAUCCUUGUUCUUUA